AUGAACAGUGGAAUUCUCUUGUUGCCCCUUCUCGGCUUCCUCCCACUUGUGAUACCUACAUGCCCUGAGCCAUGCAAGUGUACCACAAACAUUAUCGACUGCACAUCAAAAGGCCUAACUGUAGCAAAACUACCGGUUGACUUCCGCCCUUCAGCUGAAAUUAUCCACCUUGGUUACAACAAGCUCACCUCUAUUCCCAAUGGGCUCUUUGACAACCUAAAGAGCCUUCAGGUCGUCUACCUGCAGGGCAACCCUUGGGAGUGCAACUGUGACAUCCUCUACUUGCGCUCCUGGCUCCAGUGGCAGCAGAACCGGACCUUAUACAGGGAUGUGAGAUGCAGCUCCCCAGCUCACCUGCAGGACCGGAUCAUUGCCUAUCUGACAGAAGACGAGAUCAUCUCCACAUGUCAGUACUGGUACUGCAUCCUGGCUCUCCUCUCUCAGCUCUGUCUUUUCAUCCUCCUUUUCCUCCAGGGUAUCUUGAUUAUCUUCAUCAUUGUCUACCUUCAGAAAUUUCGGAGAAUGACUGCUGAAGCCCAGAGCACCACCCAAGAUCUACACCAGCAUGUAGACACAUGGGCAUCUUCUUCGAGAAGCCCUUACAAUAGUGAUUAA